CCGCCUGUUGGUUGUGUCGAUGUUUCUCUUCUCAGUGGCGUUUGCAUGUUGAAUUUGCUUAUAUUAAGAUGAUUGGUGACCUUCAGAAGUUUGACUCUGUUAGGGCUCUAGAGGGAGUUUAACGUAGCGUUGAGAAACACAAAAUUGAGUUUCAUUUGCUUUAUUGGUGUACCUGCUGGUUUGUUUUUGUUAGGGUUUUUGUCGAGUUCUUAAUCUUAUUUUUCUCUGAAAUAGAGUGCACUUUAUCUUACUCUGAAGAGAUUGCUUUUUAGUUGUGGUUGUAUAAUGUUGAACUUUACAGAUUACAAUAUAUAUAUAUAUAUAUAUAUAUAUAUAUAUAUAUUUGGCUUGUUUGAGAAUGGGGUUUAAUUUUUACAGCUUCAAAUACUCUCAGGGUUUUUUUUUAAUUGGGCUGUGAAAAUUGUUUGAUGUGUUGCUUGUAAAAAAAUUGUAUUACUAUUUUUUACAUGUAUUAUUAUUAUUUACAUUUUUGAUGUAGUCCUCUGUAAAUCUUUAAUUUUUGUAUUGAGUUUCUUUUUUACAGCCUCACUUUGUGCUUGAAGACUCACUCCGAUUAUCUUUUGAUUGAUUGUAAAAGUAUUUUUUUUUUUGAAUUAUUUUUUGUCACAAAUACAAUCUUUUUUUUUGCUCUUGAGUCACAAUGAGCUGAACAGAAAAAUACCCAGAAAUCUUAUUUUUUUAGAAGAAUAUUCAUAAAAUACUUUAAACUCAAACUUUCUUGUGUUUACCUCCAUCUUUCAGUCAAAUCAAAGCUGUUUCUGCUAUCAAAGCUUUGAUCUUCAGUCAGGACGUAGCCCCGCCUCCGCGCUCGCGGCUGCCCCCGCGCGGUCGGACUGCGGCUGCGCAGUGAACUUCUGUCAGUUCGCUCAGAGCGCAGCAGCACCUCGGACCGUAACGACGCUCCGCCGUGGCUCCUUUCCGAGCUCGGAUUUUUACAAGCUCCACUUUUUGUUUUUUUUCUUUUCCGCCUCUGUGGACUUUUACUUUGGGUUUCGAACUCGCGCGCGGGCAUGAGGACGUCUCAGUAGCGCGAGCAGCGGCUUUUCCUCCGUCCUCGCGGGAGCUCUCAGGGCGAACAGCGGGAAUACUCUCCAAUGAAAUAUCUUCCUCCGGGAUCAGACCGAGUCAGUCCGCGGAUCCAGCUCAGUCAGGACUCCGAGAGGCGCCGUCCCGGUCCCGCGGGCUCCCCGUUGACCCCCUCGGACCCCCUCCGGCAGGCGAAGCGGCUCCCGAUCCGACUGAUCAAGAUGCUGACGGCGCACAGCGGACACUUGCUGCACCCGGAGUACCUCCAGCCGCUCACGUCCGCGCCCGUGAGCAUCGAGUUGGAUGCAAAGAAGAGUCCUCUGGCUCUGCUGGCUCAGACCUGCUCCCAGAUUGGGAAACCGGAUCCUCCGUGCUCCAAGCUGAGCUCCUCCUGCAGCCAGGGGGACAAGGAGUCCGCCAGCCGCUCAUCGGCGUCCGGCCUCAAGCUGGGGGAGCACCGCCCCUCCCUGGAUGAUAAAUCCAGCUUCAAGCCCUACAGUAAAGGCGGCGGCGGCGAGGGCCGCAGCGGCAGUGAGAAAGUUGGUUUCAGGGUAACCGGAAGCAAUAAUGCGGCGACCAACGGGGGUUCUGGCCAGCCCCCGUGCCCGCCCCACGCGGCCUCCCCCAGCUGCAGGGGGGGCAGCUCCCCUCCAGGACAGCAGCUUCACAAACAGACUCAUUCUCCUGCAGGCGUCGCCGGCUCACAGGGUGGAGACGCCGCGCGUGAGCAGAGCAGUCCCAGCAGCCCGGGCGGCGGCAGCGCCCCCCACCUGAAAAAGGACUCCGAUGUGACCAAAGCGGACAGUCCACAGCACGCCAACUCUAGCCACGCCCGCGCCAGCACCAACUGCAGCACCGGGAGCUCGGACGGCGGCUCCAACCCCGACAAGGGCGAGCCCGGCCUCGGCGCCGGACACGUCACGCCCAUCUCCCCCUUCAAAUCCAGCCAGCCGCUCUACCCGCUGCCCCCCUCCAGCAUGGGCUACCAGGGAGCCGUCAUGGGGGGGUACGGCGGCUACCAGUUCGCUCCGAGUUUGGACGCUACCAAGUCGAGCCUGGGGGUGGGCGGCAUGGGCGGGAAACACCCCAGCUCCAGCCCGCUGACGGGCGCCUCGCCGCCCUCCUUCAUGCAGGGCCUGUGCAGGGACCCGUACUGCCUCAGCUACCCCAGCAUGCCCCACCUGGGGGGCAGCAGCUGCAACUCCUGCCUCCACGACCCGUCCUCCACCCUCAAGAGCAGCUUCCCCAUGGUGUACCCGUCCCACCCGCUGCACUCCCUCCACCAGGGCUCGCUGUCCUCCAGCGUGUCGUCGUCGCUGUCCCACCCCCUCUACUCCUACGGCUUCAUGCUCCCCAACGACCCCCUGCCUCACGCCUGCAACUGGGUGUCGGCGGGGGGGCCGUGCGACAAGCGCUUCGCCACGUCGGACGAGCUCCUGGCCCACCUGCGGACCCACACGGCCCUGACCAUGGACAGCAAGCUGCUCGCCGUGUCCUCCUCCGGACCCGCCUCCUGCCACCUGCACCUCCCACACCAGAGCAGCUCCGGCUCCAUGCCCAGCUCUCUGUCCCUCAGGGGCCCCCCCAGCCUGGGCUUAGCUCGCUAUCACCCCUACAGCAAAGUGCACCUCCCCUCCGGACCCUCCCCCAUCUCCCUGCCGGGUCCGUACUACCCGCAUUACACCUUCUACAGCCAGAGACUCGGGUCCGCCUCGGCUCUGGGAUACCAGUGAUACUCCCCGCUCUGAGGAGCGCCGCCACCGUUUGGGAUUUACGUCGGUUUGCUUUCCGGCAGAAGUAGUCGGGGGAUGAAAGGAUCGAUGACGCCCCCCCUCCCGCGCGAACGCUAACAGUGACGCUGCAGUUAGCUAGCUUUGCAUGAAGAGGAAGGAAGCUGGACCUGCUGCAAACCAAAUUCAGCUCCCAGCACCUCUGAAGAUCACCGACCGGAGCGUUCAGGCACCAGAUCGCGGCUCUGUUGAGGAUUUGGGGUCACGGAUUUAGCUACAGCUGCAAAUCAUUGAAAAACUCUGGAUUGUGUCUCAUUGGACGACGACUGAUGGCGAUAAAUUCUGAACGAUCCCCGUGUGACCUUCUGGUUUGACCAUCAAAACAUCUCAGUUUAGUCUUUGGGACUCGAAAAAUUAAACUAAAUUCAGACUAAUUGGAACUAAAAAAAUCAAAUAUCUGGACUUUUAUUAAUCAUUUGUCUGAUAGGUUUGUGGAAUUCAAGUUUUUAUCAAAAAACAGAGAAGUUUGUAGCAUUCAAACGACUAACGUUAUUCUAUAUUCCUAUUUUCUGGCGCCUCCGACUUGCUGUAGAGCAACCAAAUAUCAAGACAUCACCUUCAUCUCUUUUUAAAACAAAAAAAAUAAUAUUUUAUAUUAAAAUCAAACAAGCUUUUAUGUUGACAGUUCUUCGUCUCUAUCAUAUUUUUCACCAUCUCGAUUAUUCUAAAAAAUUUGAAUUCUAAAAAAAAA